AUGGCACCCAAGUCUUGCAGUGCUGAGAACCAACACACGAAGAGUGACGAUAUCGCAACAUUCUUCAGCUUGAGAUAUGAUGGACGAGAAGACUGGUAUCGCAAAGCACCCAAUAAAUGGAAGACACAGAUCGACCUAGAAACCAGAAGAAUCAGCGACUUGUGCAAGUCGAUUGCUUCUGAUAAAAAGUAUUCACGACUUGUGAAUCAGGUUGAGACGCAGCGAGAAAAGUUCACACGGACUCGCGCUGGCUUAGGAAACGAUACCGGGCCUCCUCGAGCUAACAAAUUAAACCCAGCGCCGUCGCAAGGAGAAAGGAAAACGCAAUCAAGUUCCCUUGGGCCGCAGGCAUCCUUCAUUUUAUUCCAGGACGGCUUAACCAUUCGAAGUACUAGUCCGAAGUGCCAAGGGAACUGUCCAAACAAGACAGUGCCUAUUUAUGAGCUCCUGGAUGAUGAGGACGACAGCCCGCUUACGCAAAAGUGUCCGGAAGGAUUCAUCCGUUACGUUCACCUAACAGCAAACAAUAUGAGCUGGGUUGAGAAAGCUAUGUCACGUUACUAUGAGGAAGAUGGUUCCGAAUUCAAUGGCUACGUGCAACACUGCUCCAAGAACAGAAAACAGGCAGAAGUCUUACUUCACCAUGAAGGUUGGUAUGGUAAUGUUCAAGGCCCUCCAGGAGGAUUUCAUUGCUACAUGAGACCGAGAUGUUUCAACAUCACUCCAGAACAACCAUCAAUUCCUGGUCCGAGGGAGCCAGAAGCCAGCUCUGGCGGAAUAAGUGAGACCCCCGAAAAGAAAAAUGUCCAAGACAAGUCUACGAAGCAGAACAUCGCAUUAUAUGCCAUGAUGAACAUUGCCAAAGACUCCGAAAGACGUCCCCUUCAAUCUAUGGACUUCACCAUAGAUUCUGAGCUCAUAAGUCUUCGUACCGCAGAUUUCCGAAAGGGCCAGAGACCUGAGAAUCGAGCAACAAUAUUAGGAAAGUAUCUACUACAAAUCGCGUCUUUGAGCAACAUCAUGGAUGAAUACAUCGACGAGCUGGCACUUCGCAAGGAGAUCUACUUGAAGUCAAAUAUUCAGUUGCGGCGCACUCUUCCACAGUCGAAUAGGUGGGCAUCGGACCGCUUCGGCGAUGAGGAUCAAGCUAUAUACCGAGGAACAAGGGCACGUAGUGACCGUGGCAAAUUGCUCAUGGUUGAUCAGCUUAAUUAUUGA